GAAGAAUCCAAUAUCAACUUCCUGAUUCCGGAUAGUAACAUUUGUUUUAGAGCGCUGCUAGAUGGUGAAAGUCCGACUUUUGGAAGUUUAUAUGUUUUAUGUGCUGUUUUGUACAUUUUUGAGUACCAUCUACCGGCCGGCUUUGCCGGGUUACGAUGCUGUCCCAGGAGGUGUUUGAUUAUUUAAAGGAAGUUGGAUGCUGUACAAUAUGCUGCCUCCGGUUUCUCAAAGUUCGUGGGGACGAGUAUAUGAAUGUAGCUAAAACAUUGCAGCGGCUCGGUCUAAAAGAUACGUGUAGCGACGCUGAAAAUGGAGAAGAAUCAGGACCGACAUCUAAGAAGACAAAACCCAAUGUGUGCGUGGCCUGCUUGGGUUUCUUCAGUGAUGAAUUUUUAGCAAAGCUCACCGAAGCAUUAACCACUCAUCCGCACCUCAUUCAAUACGAAUGCGAUGAGUUCGUCCUGGCUAUUUCCUUUCCCAUUCUACUGAAUGUUCGGCAGUUGUCACUUUGGCUGGCCCUGAUUGAUAAGUUUGGCCAAAUGCACGGCUUUGUUAGCAAUAAGCAGCCAGACGUUCCUUUGAAGGAAGUUUCCAAAAUGGUGAUAUCUCCGAAGGUGUCUCAAGCUCUCGGCAAAAAAUAUGGCCAAAAUGGCAUGAUGAUCAGCAUCUCAAUAAACCAUGCAGACGAGACAGCCGAGCUGCAGAAACUGACUGAAGUGGACCAGAUCCUGUUCAAGACCAACUGUACAAAUAACAAAAGCAAGAAGGACAAGAAGGGAACUGUGAACGGAAUGACGCGAGGCUAUUUCGAGAAAAACUUUCUACCAUCAAAUAUUGACGUAGAUAUUUAUAAGCAGAAUAUUCCUGUCCCGCCAGCGAUUCCAGACAGUUCUAUGAUUGUGGAGAAUAUAGCGGUCAGUGGGCCGACGAUAUUUGUGGCGGGUCGUUAUCAGAAGUUUUGUCGAGUGUUGCCUCAUACUCCGUGGAUACUGAACGGCAAACGAGUAAUGGCGGAUAGCGUCCAGGAGUUGAUUGUUCAAUCCGUGGCUCCGUAUUUCGAAGUUCCAGAGAGUAAAGUAAUAUUUUCAUCAAGUGGCCGAGAAGAUGUUGAUGUUCGUUGCCUUGGUAAAGGACGUCCAUUUGUUCUUGAAAUUCCCGACUCUAAACGGAUAAUUCUUCCCCAAUCCGUAGCCGAAAAUAUGGAAAUAGAAAUCGAUCAAACAGAAAAAAUUCGCGUGAUAAAUUUACAAAUCGUCCCGCGUGAAGAACUAGUUCACAUAAAAUUCGGUGAAGAGAAGAAAACGAAAACCUACCGAGCUUUGUGUAUUCUCAAUGAACCUGCAACUGUUGAGGUUCUUCAGAAGUUAAAUAUUCCAGAAGGUUUCGAAAUUAAACAAUGGACACCAAUACGAGUUCUGCAUCGAAGACCACUUUUGCAACGACCGCGUAGGGUUCAUAGUGUUAAGGCUCGAGUAGACCCGAAUGAUCAUAAAAUUUUGAUUCUGGAUAUAGUCACCCAGGCAGGCACUUAUAUAAAGGAACUCGUGCACGGCGAUUUCAAUCGAACAGAUCCGUGCUUUGCUAAACUUAUCGGACAAGAUAUCGAUAUAGCAGCUUUAGAUGUACUAGCAGUGGAUUUGGAUUGGCCAAAGGACGUGAACAAUAGGAUAAGCGGACAAUGUGAGACCGUUAGAGAUAAGAACGAAAUAGACGACCUGAAUAAAUCUUAAUUUUUA